GUCUAUAGUAGUUUCCAUGAUAUGCUUCUUGAAUCUAUGAAGUCUGUCCAGUCAAGUAAGCUAGCACUUGCAUUUACUUCUGAUGAUGUGAAUUCCCCAACUAGAAGAGGAGCUAUCAGGCCCUUGCGUUUUGCUUAUGUUAGUGCUUCAUAUGAGCAGAUCUGUAGCAAUGCCACUCUUCUGCUUGGAGAUGAUGUGAUUCUUGUUGUGCUUGUGUCCAAUGUUAGAAUUUUGAAAAUGAUUUGUGGUCGCUCCUGCAAUAGAAAGUCUGCCCAACAUAUUAGAAUUGCUUGGAUACACCAGAAUGGGUCAAAGUUGGAAAAGCCCUUUGCUUGUCUACUGCCUUUGACCUUGGGAACCCAUAUUUUGGCCACCAGGGGAGAGCUAAAGUUAUAUCUAAGGCUCCAAAGAUCAUCACAACCACUACGAAUAUGUUACAAGGACCGCAAUCUUCCAGGAUUCUUGUUGUCUAAAUCCAAAGAGUGUGCUUGGGAGCAGAAAAUACAGAGAGGGCUCCAGGUAUUAGCUGAAAGUUACUACAAGCAAUCACCGCAUGUUCGAGUCGAUAAAGCUGUUGGACUCUUGUUUGCUCUAUUUGGUAUAGUUCAGAAGGCAAGGUCUGCUUCGCCGUAUAUUAUCUUUGAUCCCGGUCCUUAUCUUGAUUAUGCCAGAUUUCCCACGCUAGCCAUCUUCAUAUUAGCAAACAACUAUAGUGACUGCAUUUGCUUAGGAUUCUUGCACUACAUGACUUCACUUGAUUUUGUUAUAUGGAUUGUUGUGACUGUUUCUUGUGCCCGUCCUUGUCUGUUUAAAGCUCUAGAUCUGCUUGCAAAGCUGAACGAGCUUUUCAAUGUAUACCACUUUAUCAUAAGCCAGGAGCAUCCACAUGUUUCUUCCUUGCUGCAGAUCCAAGAGUUCAACAGAGCUUAUGGUGAGGAGUGCACUACUUAUAAUGUUCUUGCCCCAAACCUUGAGGACAAGAGCCAUAAGAGUAAGAGACAACAUAAGGUCCUUGAAUUCGUGUGUACCGUACAAGUUGUAUGUGUUAUUCUCGGCAUGGACUUCUUUAGUACUGUCACUGCAAUUCGCUCAAGCCUGAAUGACCCCACUGGUGUUCAGUCACAAAGUCUAUUCACUAACACGUUGUCAAGUUUGGGAUUUACCUUUAUUCUGACUAAGAACUUUCUAGAGGAAUUUCCAAAUGAGAAGUACUGGUAUAUUGUGGUUAAUCAACCAAAUUUUUACAAGCUAUGGGGUGACAUGGAACAAGUUGAGUCUGACUUUGAAUCUGCACAUUUUAAGGUCAAUUGGGAGCAUCUUUACUAUAUUUCUUUUUCGAUGUUGAUUUACUUUGUGGAAAGUUCACCUAGAAUUGUCCAUUUAGACAAAUGGUUUUCCCCUUGGCAGAGACGUAAGGAUAUUGUGGAAAUGCCUAGGCAUGACAAUGUACGAUGGAGGGGAAUAUCAGAUCUGUUGGAUGGCAAGUUGGAGUGCAAUCGAGUAUGGUACAAAUUAUGAAGUUGUUGUGGAGCUCAAUCAUGUCACCGAUAUUAUUAUUAUAGCAGUCUCUAUUCUACUGUUUAUUCCAGUGUUGUUGUGGCCUAUGGAGCUUUCAAAGGAAACACACGAUUUUUAUCAUCACAACCACGUCCAAUGUGAAGUAAACUUUGCCAACACACUGAACAAUUUCCAUUUAACCGAGUUCAUGCUUUUGUGGAGGUUCGCCACUAGAAUAUUUGCAUUGGUUCUCUCAUUUAGCUUGCUGCUAAUUGACUCUAACAGAUGGAAAUCAAGGUCAUAUGAAUAUGUAUGGCAGGUCAAGUUAAGAUCUCUGCUACUAUCUACUAAGAGCCACAAUGAUCAAAGGUUUGAUUGGUUCAUAACAGAUGCGUUAUAUCACAUAUUCUGGUCAAGUCACAAAGCAUGCCUUGGUUCUGAGAUAAUGAGUUGGGAGCUAGCGAGUAUCACCGUUCUUGACUCGAACCUUGAGGACAUGGUUCUUAUUGAGGACGGGAGUAUUGUUAUGAACCAGCUCUGGCCCAAUGUCUCACAAGUAGCUAUUGGGCUGAGAAGAGCUUUUGGGCCAAGAACAUGUAAUAGGGCCAGAUUAAUUUGUUAUCCAGGUUGAGUAUUUGACGCAAGGAUAGUUCUGUUAAAAGGGGGACUGAUCGGUUAUUUGGGAUUAUGCCUAUUGUGAAGAAAAGUGACUGCUUCUCCUCGUCUUCCUUCUCUGAUCCUCUCCAUUCUCAAUAGCUUCUCAUCCUUUCUUCUCUCUCCUUUGUAUUUCAGUUUACUAUCUCUAAUUCCUGUAAUAGUUUUGAGUUUAGUUAUAAUUUCUUGUCACUGUUGAAGUAAUAGAAGUGUUGAAGGACUGGUUUGUUA